AAGAAUAAUGACGGCUGCCUGGCUUGUCGCUGUGGACGGAAAGACACCCUGGUGGCCUUCCUGCCCGACUCCAACAAGUAUGCCUUCCUGAAGCUGACCUCUGCCGUUGACAAAGAUUACGUCAAACAGAAACUGGAUUCUGCUGUCACUAGUGGUGCCAGAGCACCAGGAGCUCGUGACAUACUAAGUGCCAGUUAUUUGGAUGUGGCA